ACGUCACUUCUGGAUGUCAAUAUGCGGCUUGGUGCGGCGCUGGGUAACGGCGGAACCUCUGGGAAGAUGUAAACCAAGUAACCGGAGAAGACCAGCCUCAACGAACACAACUACCGUUAUCCCCUUGGAAACCGUCCCUUAAGAACCACACCGACCGGCUGCGCGUUUAGUCGCUAUCCCCCGAAGCACCGGAGCUCUCUCCUCAAAGCAGCCAUCUUUUGUGGGAGAAUGUACGGGGCGACGCGGCGGGCCUGCUCGGGCCGGACUCUGCUGAUGCUGACAACCGCUCUCCUGCUCUCCGUUACCGGGCUGCUGUCCGGGCUGCCCAGCUCCACCGAGGCGAAGGAAUGCGACAAACCGUGCAUGAACGGGCAGUGCAACACCGCUACUGGAAAAUGUGUGUGCUUCCCCGGCUGGGUAGGGGACCAAUGCCAGCACUGCGGAGGGAGAUUCAGGUUGACGGGGCCCUCUGGUCAUCUGAGUGACGGUCCAGGGAACUAUAAGUACAAGACCAAGUGCACCUGGCUGAUCGAGGGACAACCCAACACCAUACUCCGAUUACGGUUUAACCACUUUGCCACUGAAUGCAGCUGGGACCACCUGUACGUGUACGACGGAGACUCAAUCUACGCCCCCCUCCUCGCCGCCUUCAGUGGUCUGAUCGUGCCUGAGCGUUACGGGAACGAGACGGUCCCUGAGGUGGUGUCUCAGUCCGGCUACGCCCUGCUGCACUUCUUCAGUGACGCUGCCUACAACCUGACCGGCUUCAACAUUUCCUACAGGGUGAACUCAUGUCCCAACAACUGCUCCGGCCGCGGCGAAUGUCUGUUGAACAACUCUACGGGCGUGGUGUACUGUGACUGUGAAGACAACUGGAAGGGGGCUGCCUGUGACGUCCCGUACUGCCUGGCAGACUGUGGCUUCCCCGAGAGAGGUCAAUGCCAGGACAAGGUGUGCGUCUGCAACACCGGAUGGCAAGGUCCAAACUGUUUGGUCUCGGUACCAGCCAACUCCUCCUUCUGCACCCGGGAGGAGUACACCGACCCCGGGCUGGCCAAGGCUUCCCACAAGGCCGUGGUGGACCAGGGCAUCAUGUGGGUCAUCGGAGGCUACGUCUUCAACGCCUCCGACUAUCACGUGGUCAAAGCGUAUAACCUCAGUAGCAAGAGCUGGCUGACCCUGGACCCCUCCGUCAACAGUGUGACGCCGCGAUACGGCCACUCUCUGGCUCUUCAUGAGGGGAGGAUCUACAUGUACGGAGGAAAGAUCGACUCCACAGGAAACGUGUCCAGCCAGCUGUGGGUUUUCCACAUCCAGAACCAGACCUGGGUCCUGCUGAGCCCGCGGGCCAAGGAUCAGUACCCCGUGGUAGGACACUCGGCCCACAUCGUGCCUCCCCUCCAGGAGGAGGACAGUCCCAUCAUGCUGGUCCUGUUCGGACACUGUCCUCUGUACGGAUACAUCAACCAGGUGCAGGAGUACAACAUCGUGAGGAACACAUGGAGCAUGGUGUCGACGGACGGGGCCCUGGUGCAGGGGGGGUACGGCCACAGCAGCGCGUUCGACCCCAGCUCCAGAGCCAUCUACAUCCACGGAGGCUACAAGGCCUUCAGCGCCAACAAGUACGGGCUGGCUGGAGACCUGUACAAGUUCGAGGUGGACAAGAUGAAAUGGACCAUUCUGAGAGACAGCGGCUUCUUCCGCUACCUGCACACAGCGGUGAUGGUGAGCGGGACCAUGCUGGUGUUUGGAGGAAACACACACAACGACACGUCCAUGAGCCACGGAGCCAAGUGCUUCUCCUCCGAAUUCCUGUCCUACAGUCUGGCGUGUGAUGAGUGGAGGGGUGUGAAUGCCACCUGCUGGGCCUUUAGUGAAGCACCCAUCCUGUGUCACUUUUCAACCACAACAUGUCUGCUUUCAUCCACUCUGCUUCCUCAUUACGCCUUCACUGCUGCGUUGCCUCGGGGGAAAUUACGCAGACGUAUUGCCCCGGCUUGGUGCUCUACGCAGAGAAAAUGA